AUGCACUCGCCAGUCUCAUCCCUCAAGUCGUCCCCGCUGAGCUCCUUUGCCGCCGCCGUCAUCGCGGCGCUCCUCGCCCUCACGAUCCUCUUGCCGGUUGUUCGCACGAGCGUGACAGCGACGGCCUCGCUCGUGGUUGAGGUCGCUCGAGAGCACCAGGCCUCUCUCUUGGCUGCAGACGUGUGGACGCUCACCUGCGUCGGACUCGCCGGCUUCGCUGCUCAGCUGGUCGACGGUUCUCUCGGCAUGGGCUACGGCCUGACCUCCUCUUCCGUCCUCGUCGCCGCGGGGCUCAAGCCAGCGACCGCCUCGGCCUCGGUGCACCUGGCACAGGUUGGCACGACGCUCGCCUCCGGCCUUGCGCACCGCCGCGCCGGAAACGUGGACGAGGCGAGCCUCAAAAAAGUUGCGCCGCCGGGAGCGCUGGGCGCGCUGGCUGGUGCGGCGCUUCUCUCGUACACGCCGGCGGCGACGGCGCGGCUCCUCUCGGCGACUCUUCUAUUCGGGCUCGGUGCGAUUGUCGCGCUGCGCUUUUACCGCAUCGCGCCGCGCCGGGCGGAAGCAGCGGGCGCCCCGUCGGCCACCGUCCUCCGGCUAAUCGGACUUCUCGGCGGCUUCGUUGACUCGACCGGCGGUGGAGGGUGGGGUCCCAUCGCCACGUCUGGCCUCCUUGCGGGGAGCUCGCUGCCCCCCUGCCGCGUGGUCGGCACCACCAGCGCGUCCGAGUUCUUCGUCACCGUGGCGGCGGUCGCCGGCUUCUGCGCGACUCACGCCGGAGGCGGCGGCGGGCACGGCGCCCGCCUCGACCUGCUCGCC